GAGGAGGAGGAAGGAGCCGCCGUUGCGUGUAAGGAGGGAAUAGUGUCAGUGGGAUGGUCCGGAAAUCCCGUGAUAAAAAGAGGGAGUAGUGAAAGUAAAGGCGCUGUGGGCUCGUUCGUUCUCCGCUACUGGCUCACCGUCGCGCCCAAACCCUAUUGGAAGGAGAGAACUUCUUACGUCCGCUCCUAUACCCUUCAAACAGAGGCUUUCGCUCCUGAGGCACACAUGGAACUGGCUACAGCGGGUGCUUGAUCUGCUGAGAAAGGCGGAAAAGCAGCUUCUUGCCUUCGCUGCGACUUAAAGGGAACGCAGAAUUGCGAGAGCGCAACCACCGAGAAAGCUGCAGGCUGAAACUCAGGAAUUUGUCUCCACCUGACUUGCAUGUGAGAACUGCUCCGGUGGGAAGGAAUCUAAGCCAUCACCAUGGAAUUUGUAAUGAAACAGGCUUUAGGAGGGGCUACCAAAGACAUGGGGAAGAUGCUGGGAGGAGAGGAGGAGAAGGAUCCCGAUGCUGCCAAGAAAGAAGAAGAACGGCAGGAGGCGCUGCGGCAGCAGGAAGAAGAAAGAAAAGCGAAAUAUGCCAAGAUGGAGGCUGAACGGGAAGUUGUGAGGCAAGGGAUUCGGGACAAGUAUGGCAUUAAGAAGAAGGAAGAAAGAGAAGCAGAGGCCCAGGCCGCUCUGGAAGCAAAUGCGGAAGGCAGCCUGACGCGCCCCAAGAAGGCCAUCCCGCCGGGCUGUGGGGACGAGGAAGAGGAGGAAGAAGAAAGCAUCCUAGACACCGUUAUCAAAUACCUGCCAGGUCCGCUGCAGGAUAUGUUUAAGAAGUAAACUGCGACAGACUGCCAGCCUGUCCGUGGACAGUAAAGCAAUGGAUUUCUCAUUGGCAAAUGGGGAAUUUAGGCUUGCCACCUCUCACCCCCUCCCUUCCCAUGCUCCACUCCAGUCCCCAGCCAUUCCCUUGAGCCCCGCCCUCCCCUCCCCUCCCCUCCAUUCCUGAUUUUGUACAUCCUCACCUCUAGAUGAUGCCUCCAAAGGGAUGGAAAAGAUUAAUGAGCUGCAGUCUACACAACUUUUUAUUCUUAUUCUUGUUAUUAUCCUAAAGCCAUAGUUUUACAUGUGUUUUUUAAAAGGGACAGGUGCACCUUGUACAGAGAGAGGGAGAGGGGUGUGUUUGGUUUUCCUCUUCCAAGAAGAAGGAAGCUUCAGCCAAAGUGAGCAACAGGUAGCUUCUCCCUGCCCAAGAAGAUUUCUGUCUAACAGGGAAUUAGAC